AGGAGGCGCGGGGUGUCUCUCCCUCCCCGCCAAUGCUCGGCUGCCUUCGGAGAGGGCGCCAAACAAAGGCUGGUCGCUCCCUCCCCCGGCCGGGCAGACUGGCUUUCGCGGACGGGCGGAGGACCCUGUUGCAGCCCUGGCCAAGUGCCGGGGACGCGGCGGCGGCUGGAAUUAGAGAUGCUGCCCGGCUGAGCGGCAGGGACUAGCGGGCUAGGCUGCGCGCGCGAGGUGCUUCUGGUUGCUGGUGGCCGUCCUCGCCGCCGCCGCCGCAACCAUGGCCAUCGCGCACAUCGCCACUGAGUACGUCUUCUCGGACUUCUUGCUGAAGGAGCCGUCGGAGAGCCGAUACAAGGGGCUGCGGCUGGAGCUGGCCCUCGACAAGCUGGUCACCUGCAUCGCCGUCGGGCUGCCGCUGCUCCUCAUCUCGCUCGCCUUCGCCCAGGAGAUCUCCAUAGGUACCCAGAUGAGCUGUUUUUCUCCAAGUGCAUUUUCUUGGCGUCAGGCUGCGUACGUGGAUUCCUACUGCUGGGCUGCAGUUCAACAGAAGCAGCUGUCUCAUAGUGAAUCAGGGCAUCUUCCCCUGUGGCUUCAUAAGUUUUUCCCAUACAUCCUUCUGCUGCUUGCCAUCUUGCUGUACCUGCCGUGGCUCUUUUGGCGUUUCACCGCAGCACCCCACCUUUCUUCGGAUCUGAAAUUUAUCUUGGAAGAACUUGACAAGGCUUACAACAGAGCCAUCAAAGCUGCCAACAGUUGCCGGAAUUGUGAUGCCAGAGAUGCAGCCAGCUCACCACCUGCCAUUGAAAAUAUUGCACAGAGUUUAUGGGAGAUCUCUGACAGCCACUUUAAGUACCCUAUUGUGGAACAAUAUCUGAAGACAAAGAAGGGCUCCAAGAGCUUAAUCAUCAAAUACAUUGUUUGCCGUUUGCUAACUUUGAUCAUUAUCCUCUUUGCUUGCCUCUUCCUGGGUUAUUAUAUCAGCCUUUCUUCCUUGACCGAUGAGUUUAUUUGCAACGUCAAAACUGGGAUACUAAAAAAUGACACGAACAUUCCGGAACGAUUUCAGUGCAAAAUGGUUGCCGUUGGUGUCUUCCAGCUGCUGAGUUACAUCAAUUUCAUCGUGUACGUGCUGAUCACACCGCUGGUGAUCUACGCCUUCUUCGUCCCUCUCAGGCAGAGCUCGGACAUCCUGCAGGUCUACGAGCUUCUGCCGACAUUUGAUGUUCUCAAAGUCAAAGCAAAGCACUACAACGAUAUGAGCCUCUACCUGCUUUUUCUGGAGGAAAAUGUGAGCGAGCUGAAAUCUUACAAGUGCCUCAAAGUCCUGGAGAGCCUCAAAGGCAGCGGGGAGAGGUUUGAUGCCAUGCAGCUCCUGAGGAAUCUUGGCUCGAUUAAAAUGGACGCCGUGGAUGCCAAACCAAACACCCCCCACAAGGAGAGUAGGAAAAAAGCUGAAGUGGAAAUGUCAAAUGAUGCAGCAGAAUUAAAAGAUCUGACGGAGCCAAAAUUGCCUGAUGACACUGAAGGAACAAGUAAAGAUGGCAAACUUCGCCAGAGACUUCUAGAUUCUUCUUGCUGAUGGAUUCAGUCUGUGCUUAAUAGGUGCUAAAGCUGCUUCUAACUGCUGAGGCAUAAAGCCAUAACUAUUAUACCACACAAUUGCCUUCCCAUUGAGUUUACAAGGACCGGGAUACAAAGGCAAAUGAUCGUUUAAAAAUAUUUGAGUUGUCUGUGUUUACAUGUCUACAGUUUACAUGAAUAUUAUGCCUAGAGAAACACUGACGAGGUGAACUAUGUCAGUUCUGUUAGGGAAGAAAGACUGAAGUAGUGAAUUUAAAAGAAAAGCAGUAAAAUAAAGAGAACACUUCAGAUUGGUUUCAUAGAUGUGUAGACAUCAGUUCCUUAUUAUCCACUAUCUUCAGCCAUAACAGAGUGUCCAGAUUGGGUCCUCAAAAAACAAAUGGACAGCAAUCAAUAUAACAGUUGGCAAUAUAACAGUGACAUUACAUAUACCCAUCAUGUAAGUAAGUCAAAUAUUGUAUUUGUUGGUCUAUGCCACUUUGAAUAAAACUAUGGAAGCAGACAAGUUUCUUUACAAGUAGCUCUGCAGAUAAAGUGUCUGUUAUACCUCUCACUUGUGCCUGUCUCCAUGAGAUUGUACAAUUCAGAGAUGGAGAACUGGUGACUAUCUACAAGUGGAUAAACACCUGUUAUCCCUGUUGAUCAUGCUGUUGUCGGGAGCUGGAAAUGGUACCUCAACAACCUUUGAAAUUCCACAGUUUCUAUGCAACAUGAAAUACAAUAUAUUCUGAUAAUACCACCAUUUAUAGAACUAUCUUAAAGUUAGUAGCUUCAGGAUAAUGGAACAGAAUAUCCCCCCACUAAAAAAAUGUAAAUGCUUCCUUGACUCUUGACAUUGCCUGCCUGUUUUUUCUACUUCAUUGCUGUACUUCACUGCUACUUCAAAAUUGUCCAAAUAUCUAUAUCCCUUUUUCUAGGAAGCUGCCAUUCUAAGAAGACAACAGUGAUAAUUCAUCAUAUUGCAGUUCAAGGACUAAAAAUACAGAUGUUCUUUAUCUCAGUCUCUGCAUAUUUUCUCAAACCAGACAUAAUCGUGUACUUCUGCAUUUCUUCGGUACAAAAUCAUAGCCACCUGCACAACUGUGCAGAAAUAUCCACAAGAACUAAGCUUGGAAUCAUAAACCACAUCUUCAAUGUAAUACAACGUAAGAAGGAAUACUCAUAAGUAACAGGAGCAAUUAUUGGGAAAGAAUUUAUCUGUUGUCAAGGCUGCCAGUAACUAAAGAUUUCAAAGAAUUGUGAAGUUUCAAGAAAAUAUUCUGGAAAAAAAGAGUUAUUGGUGGCUCUUCAUAGUCCUUUCAAAUCAGUUGAUUUUAUAAGAAUUGGACGGAAAUCUUAUGAUAAAAUUAAAAUCAGCUCUGCUAGUUGUACAGCAUUCAGAAGGGUUAUUAAUUAAAAAACAAUAAUAAAGGAAAAUACACAAUGUCUUUGCAUUUCCUCUCUUGUACGUAAAUGGAAACAAGUAUAAACAGUUUUGCAUGGGGAAACAGAUUUGAUUCCGGUUCUUGUAUAUUGCUUAAAAAGUCUUAAGGCUGUUAGGUGCCUAAAGAGAAUCUCAGUUUACAUUGGACAGGCAGUGUCAGCAAUUGGCAGGAUUAAGAAAGAUAGACUAAAGGUUCAGUUAAUUUAUUUUAUUUGUUCCUGCACGAUGGAGUUAUUUUAUAUUCAUUUUAGCAGAGUAGUUUUGCAUGAAAUACCUGCAGGAUGAUAGGCCACGUAGUGAAAAUGGGAAAAAAUUACUUGGGAGUAAUAUUGUGGUAAUCAUGAAAUAGUGUAACUGUGUAGUAUGACUGUAAUAAAAUUAUUAUUUAAUACCAA